CCAUAUUCCCCUUGCUUCUACAUAGCAGCACCUGUGUGACACCAACUGCACAAAUACAGACAUCAUGGAUCUUUCAGAUGCCCUUGACUUCUCACAGCAAAAUAAUCAGCAGGCAGGAGGCCCAGUAUGGCCCGGCCAACCAGCCAACCCCACCUGGCCUGGUCAGCCUGCUAACCCCACCUGGCCUGGUCAGCCUGCUAACCCCACCUGGCCUGGACAGCCUGCUAACCCCACCUGGCCUGGACAGCCAAACCAACCAGCAUGGCCUGGACAGCCUGGACAGCCUGGGCAGCCUACAGCUCCUGGGUGGCCUGGACCUGCACCACCAACCGGCCCUUAUGGUGCUCCUGGCCAAGCUCCAAGAGCACUAACUGUGCCAUUUGACCUGCCGCUACAAAGUGGGAUCUAUAACAAGAUGCUCAUCACCAUCGUUGGAGAGGUCAAACCUAACGCUAAACAUUUCACAGUUAAUUUGAACAGAGGCAACGACAUUGCGUUUCAUCUAAACCCUCGCUUCAAUGAAGACGGAAGGCAAGUGAUUGUACGAAACAGCUUGAUUGGAAACCAGUGGGGCAAAGAAGAGCGCGAGCUCCCCUUCUUCCCUUUUGUCCAAGGAAAGCCUUUUGAGCUGAAGAUCUUAUGCACUGACACUGAAUUCAAAGUGGCUGCGAACAAAUCGCACCUUCUGGAAUUCAAACAUCGGAUCCGUGAUCUCAACCAGAUCAGAGCUCUUAGUAUCUUCAGUGAUGUCACCCUCAGCUCUGUAAAUGUGGAGACACUGCAGUGAAAUCAUACUGCAGAUUCUGUCAUAGACAAGUCUUUUAACAAUGAUAUGUGAUGAUCUAUUCAACCACAUGGGCAAAUAAUUUUACCUCCAGUAAUCAUCUUUUUUUAAAACACUGUGUGUCAGUAAGAGUUUAUAUUUCCUACAGAUGUCAAUGCUGUAAUUCUGUACCUCUAGGUGGGCCUGUUACUAUCCAGGAAGGGUUAGAUUGUGAUAAGGGUCAGUGAGAAAUAUGAAGUACCACUGAUUAUACACUUGCAAAGUCUGCUACAAUUAUGAAGCUACACAGAAUAAUGGUGGUGGUCAUAGUAGGGAAUCUGAUAUUGGCCAAUCAAGAAUAGUGCGUAAUUAAUAUGAAAUUAGAACUGGAAUAAAAUAGGAUUCUAUGAUUUGUAACCAGUGCCAAAAGAUGAUUCUUCUUGGUUUAAUGAUCCCAUGAUUGAAGAAACAAACAUAUGUAAACACUGAGUUGUGUGCAUGUAAUUACAAUCCUCUGUGAGACCUGUGUAUUACACUUUUACUGCCAGCUCCUAAUAUAAAUAAAAUAACAGCAGCGUAAACUGAA